ACACCACCCCUUUCUGCUCCAGAUGCACUGGGGCAGUGGGCUGACAUGGCUUCUCCUGGCCUUCCAGGACAGGGGGAAACUGUGCCCUGUGACACUGCCGUACAAGCGAUGGAGGAUGAGUGGGACGUCCGGCCUGGCAAUGACAGACACGAGACCAAACAAGCCAGUGAGAGCACAGGCAAAGACAAUCGAUUCUUGCCCCUCUGCUUUCCACAAAAGCUUUGGAAAAUGCUGGAAAGUGACCAGUUUCGGUCCAUUUGGUGGAGUGAGGGUGGAAAAUGUGUGGCCAUCAACAAAGAUCUCUUCAAAGUGGAGGUGCUGGGCAGGGGAGCUUGUCAGCGGGUUUUUAACACACGGCACAUCAAGAGUGUUAUUCGCCAGCUGAACCUCUAUGGAUUCACCAAAGUGCAGCGGGAUUUCCAAAGAUCUGCCUCCCUGCCUGAAUUCCUGUCAGAGGAAGCAGCAACUUCUGCUCACAGCCAGGAAGAUCCAUCCCUGGAGAGGCACUUCAAAGGUCACAGAGAUGCUGUCACUAGUGUGGACUUCAGUUGCACUAAGAAGCAAUUGGUAAGUGGCUCAAUGGAUUCGUGCCUGAUGAUCUGGAGUAUGAAGCCUCAGAUGAGAGCCUAUCGCUUCAUGGGCCACAAAGAUGCAGUUUUGUGUGUCCAGUUCUCACCUUCUGGCCACCUUGUGGCUUCAGGGUCUAGAGACAAAACAGUCCGUUUGUGGAUCCCUAGCAUCAAGGGAGAAUCGACUGUGUUCAAGGCUCACACAGCAACUGUGAGAAGUGUUCAUUUCUCCAGCGACGGCCAGUCCUUAGUUACAGCUUCUGAUGACAAAACAAUCAAAGUGUGGACGGUCCACAGGCAGAAGUUUCUGUUCUCAUUGAGUCAGCACAUCAACUGGGUUCGCUGUGCCAGAUUUUCUCCUGAUGGACGAUUGAUAGUGUCAUCCAGUGAUGAUAAAACUGUCAAGCUGUGGGACAAAACCAGCAGAGAAUGCAUCCACUCCUUCUGUGAGCAUGGAGGGUUUGUGAACCACGUGGAUUUCCAUCCCAGCGGGAACUGCAUUGCCGCAGGGGGUACGGACAGCACGGUGAAGCUGUGGGAUAUCAGGAUGAACAGGCUGCUUCAGCAUUACCAAGUGCACAGCUCUGUGGUCAACAGUCUUUCCUUUCAUCCCUCUGGAAAUUAUCUGGUUACUGCUUCCAGUGAUUCAACUCUUAAGAUUUUGGACUUGCUAGAAGGAAGACUUCUCUAUACUCUUCAUGGUCACCAGGGACCAGCUACAUGUGUAGCAUUUUCAAGAGAUGGAGACUUAUUUGCUUCUGGAGGUUCUGAUGAACAGGUGAUGGUGUGGAAGACUAACUUUGAUGCUGAUUAUGGUGAUGUAGUGAAACCCCAGAAAUAUGGCAGCAGUGUGGAUGGGACCCAUGGUACUGGGUCAGAAAUGGAUUGUAGCAUUCAUCAUAAGAAAACAAAAACUCGAGAUUCUUGUAGGACCCAUGAGCAGCAAGAGGAGGAGACCAGUCUUGCAAAUACCUUGGAGCAUAUUAUGGGACAGCUGGAUGUUCUGACUCAGACAGUUUCCAUCCUGGAGCAGAGGCUGACACUCACUGAAGACAAGCUGAAGGAAUGUCUUGAGAAUCAGCAGAAAAUCAUUCAGAACAAAACAAACUGAUUUCCUGAGAUCAGACAGGAGCUGAAGGCAUUGGGAGGUUUGAGAUUGUUUGUGUUCCUAACAGACUGUGUGUGACUUGCUUUAACAAUUUUGAGCAUAAUCUAUUUUUCAAUUGGAAUGUAUAGUUAUUGUAUCUGUAAAUAGCUUUGUUACUUUACUAAAAUAAAAGCAAUAUUUUA